AUGGAUUCUACAGGCAACAUACAGAAAGCAAAUGAAUCAUGCCUUCAAGCUUCAUACAAAAUUGUGUAUCGUAUCGCACGUAAUAAAAAACCACACACUAUAGGAGAGGACCUCAUCAAACCUUGCAUAUUAGAUGCGGUAACACUUGUUAUAGGUGAGCAACAUAUAGCUAAGAUUAACCAAAUACCACUAUCAAACAAUGCCAUUCAAAGACGCAUAUGUGAAAUGAGUGCCGAUAUUCUAGCAACCGUUAUUGCUAAAAUAAAGGAAAGUCCUAUGUUUGCACUGCAGUUGGACGAGUCCACAGAUGUUGCUUCGUGUUCACAAUUAUUAAUGUUUACACGAUACAUUAAAAAUGAUGAUGUGAAGGAGGAAUAUUUGUUCUGCAAGUCUUUGCCCACUACUACUCGCGGCGAAGACGUAUUUCAGACUCUAAAAGAGUUUAUUGAGAAAAAUGGCCUGGACUGGUUAAAGCUGGUUGGUAUUUGUACAGACGAGGCACUUGCCAUGAUGGGCGUCCGUUCUGGUUUUCAGUCUCUUGUGAAACAAGUUGCUCCUCAAGUUUUCAACUAUCAUUGUUUGAUACACCGUUACGCUUUGGCUGUAAAAACACUACCACCAGAUUUGCUAAACACGUUGAGUGAUAUAGUAAAAAUUGUUAAUCGUAUUCGAGGCAGCGCUACUAACUCAAGAUUAUUUAAAGUUUUGUGUGAUGAAGUUGGUGCUGCAUUUAAUGCACUUUUGUACCAUAUAGAGGUACGUUGGUUAUCAAGAGGCAAAGUUCUAAAGAUUGUAGCCGAAACUAUUUAUAAUGAUAUUCGAGUGUCGCAUGCUCGAGUGGGUGAUUACAUCAGAGAAUGGUUCGUCAUGCACAGAGCAGGUACACUAGGAAUAAAGAGAAGGACAGAAGACAGAUGA